CUUGACGGCCGGGCUGAGAACCAGGGGGGAAUGCGGCGGUGCUGGAGGAGGAGGAGGAGGCUCGAGGCUCACCUUGUGGAAAUAAACAGGAAGCACACAGAAACCGCUCCACGUCCACCUGAGAGCGCCGAGUCCUCCUCCGCCGUCGAGCCGACAGACACGCACCGAGAGAGGGGCAGGAGGUGUUCAAAACACCGGGGCUGAACGCACCGAAACUUCUUGUUCGUCCGGAACGUUUCCCCGGAGCGAGCUGACACCGUGGACUGGAGGAAGACACGCUGACCCAGAGUCCAUCCAGAUGAGCCCAGUGAGGAGCAGAAGCACAGGAAAUAGGACUUAAGAAAACAGCAGCUGAUGACCCGGUCAUCUUUAAUGCCUGAACAGAAAGCUAGAAGCACGUCUUCCAGACUUGUUACAGUCGUAGUGCAGACUUGGACUGCUGCAGUGUUUUUGUCAGAACAGUGGAGGUCCUUAUGGUUGAGGUGGUGUUAGGUUCUCCUUGCCAUGCCUCCAGCCAUGACAGACCUCCUGGACAUCUGGGCGGCCCACUCGCCCCUGGCGGGACAUGCCCCGGACCAGAUCACCGUGGACUUUCUGCUGCCCACUGGGAUCUACAUCCAGAUGGAUGUUCCUCGCGAGGCUACAAUCCAGCACAUCAAACUGCUCUUAUGGAAGCAGGCUCAGACCUUCCCGCUCUUUCCCUCCCUUGGGGAAAUGGAGAGCCACAUGUUCGAGUGUGUCAACCAGGCGGCUGUACAUGAAGAACUGGAAGAUGAAACCCGCCGCCUGUGUGAUGUUCGGCCUUUUCUGCCCGUCCUCAAACUGGUCAUGCGCAGCUGUGGGCGAGCAGAGCGCCUGCUGGACUCUAAAAUUGGCGUGCUUAUAGGAAAAGGUCUCCACGAGCUGGAUGCCAUCAAUGACCAGGAGGUGAAGGAUUUUCGCAGUAAGAUGUUUCGUAUCAGUGAGGAGAAGAUGCAACGAGUGCAAAUGAUGACGUGCGCCGAGUGGCUGCAGGCCUGCUUCUCCCCUCAGCUGGAGCCUGCAGCAGCGAUGGCCGUCACCGACGAAGUCAACGACCGACCUCCGGAUCUUAAAGUCAUUAUUCACUUUGACCAGUGCCAGGACUCUACCAGUCUGAAGGUGUCAUCGUCCUGCACCACCUCUGAGCUGAUGGAGAUGGCGGUGAAGAAGUGGCUGACCACUCAUGCACCUGAGGAGGAGGCGUGGAGGGGUCAGUAUUUUCUGCGAGUCAGCCAGCGCCUGGAGUUCCUCUGUGGAGACCACCCUUUGACUCAGUACAAGUACAUCAGGACAUGCCUUCAGGCCAAAGAGCCUCCUAACCUCACCUUGGUUCACACCAGCACCGUGAAGGCCAUUUUUGACAAGGAAAUGUCUGCCAUCGGAGCUGUGGUCAGCCGCAGGACCUCCAACCCACCUUUACCGCUACCUCCCAAAAGAAGGGUUCCCACGCUAGUGCAGAAGUAUGUGUGGGAUGUGUCGAGCCCAUUCAGGAUAGUCCUGGUGAAAGGCAGCAAGGUGAACGCAGAGGAGACUGCCAAGGUCCAGGUGAGGGCGGGGCUCUUCCAUGGCACCGAGCUGCUCUGUAAGCCAGCGGUGAGCAGUGAGAGUAACGGCCGCUCGGACCACACCUGGAAGGACAGCACGCUGGAGUUUGACAUCUCUGUUUGCGAUUUGCCCCGCAUGACCCGCCUCUGCUUUGCCAUCUACGCCGUCAUGGAUAAGGUCAAGAAGCAGAAGUCCACCAAAAACGCUCACAUCAACAAAUACCCGACCAUCCGUAAGGCGGGGAAGGUGCAUUACCCCAUAGCUUGGGUCAACACCAUGGUGUUUGACUACAAAGGGCAGCUGAAGACCGGAGACAUCACCCUGCACUGCUGGUCCUCCUUUCCUGAUGAACUGGAAGAGAUGCUGAACCCAAUAGGAACUAUUCAGACCAACCCGUACACUGAAAACGCUACAGCGCUGCACAUCCACUUCCCGGAGUACUCCUCACACUCCAUCAUAUUUCCUCCCUUUGACAAGAUCUUGGAAAAGGCUGCACAGAUCGCCAGAGCCAGUGACUGCGCAUCCAUAGGUCGUGGCGGGAAGAAGUUCCACAUCGAGUUGAAGGAGAUCAUGGAGCGUGAUCCUCUCUCUCAGCUCUGCGAGAACGAGAAGGAUUUGAUCUGGACACUACGCUACGACUGUCGGGAGAAUUUCCCUCAGUCUCUACCCAAGCUGCUGCUGUCUGUCAAGUGGAGCAAACACGAGGACAUGGCCCAGCUCCAGGCUCUACUUCAGAUUUGGCCCAAAUUGAGUCCUAGAGAUGCUCUGGAGCUUCUGGACUUCAACUAUCCUGACCAGUACGUCAGAGAGUAUGCUGUUGGCUGCCUGCGUGACAUGAGUGAUGAGGAACUGUCGCAGUACCUGCUACAGUUGGUGCAGGUGUUGCGUUAUGAGCCUUACUACGACUGCGCUCUCACCCACUUCCUGCUGGACCGUGCUCAAGGCAACCGCAAAAUCGGACACUUCCUCUUCUGGCAUCUACGCUCAGAGAUCCAUAUGCCUGCAGUUUCUGUCCAGUUCGCCCUCAUCCUGGAGGCCUAUUGUAGAGGCAGCAUCCCUCAUAUUGAGGUUCUAAAGAAACAGGUGGAAGCCUUGAGUAAACUGAAGUCAGUCAACGAGCUCAUCAAACUGGGAACCAUUAAAAAUGCUCGAAGUAAAACCAAGGAGGCGAUGUUGACCAAAGAGGCCAUGAUGACGUGUUUAAGGCAGAGUGGGUACUCGGAUGCGCUGUCAGACCUGCACUCCCCUCUGAACCCCAGCGUCCAGCUAUCUGACAUCAAUGUGGAGAAGUGCCGCUACAUGGACUCGAAGAUGAAGCCGCUCUGGAUUGUUUACAGCAACAAGCUGAUGAGUGGAGAUGCACUGGGAAUCAUCUUCAAAAAUGGAGAUGACUUGAGGCAGGACAUGUUGACCCUGCAGAUAUUGAGAUUAAUGGAUCUUCUGUGGAAGGAGGCCAAUCUGGACCUCAGAAUUGUACCGUAUGGUUGCCUAGCAACAGGGGAUCGGACAGGACUGAUUGAGGUCGUGUCCUCAGCCGACACAAUCGCAAACAUCCAGUUGACCAGCAGCAACGUUGCAGCAGCUGCAGCAUUCAACAAGGAUGCUUUACUCAACUGGCUCAAAGAGAGGAACUCUGGUGACGCUCUCGAUCGAGCCAUCGAGGAGUUCACUCUCUCAUGUGCAGGCUACUGUGUAGCUACGUACGUCCUGGGCAUCGGAGACCGCCACAGUGACAACAUCAUGGUCCGCAGCACCGGACAGCUUUUUCAUAUAGACUUUGGUCACAUCCUGGGAAACUUCAAGUCCAAGUUUGGCAUCAAGAGGGAGCGUGUCCCGUUUAUCCUCACACACGACUUUAUUCACGUCAUCCAGCAGGGCAAGACUGGAAACACAGAAAAAUUUGGCAGUUUCCGGCAGUACUGCGAGGAUGCUUAUCUAAUCCUGAGGAGAAACGGCAACCUCUUCAUCACCCUGUUUGCCCUCAUGCUGACUGCCGGACUACCUGAGCUCACUUCUGUCAAAGACAUCCAGUACUUAAAGGACUCUCUGGCUCUGGGGAAGACGGACGACGACGCCCUGAAGCAGUUCCGCCAGAAGUUUGAUGAAGCCUUAAGAGAGAGCUGGACGACCAAAGUGAACUGGAUGGCCCAUAACGUGGCCAAAGACAACCGGUCCUAGAGCCGCUGCAAGCCCUAAAAGGCCAGAGACCAAGCGAGAACACGAGGGGAGCGUGAGGUAUGGGGUGGGGGCUAAAUGUGCCACGGAGACCCUUAUAAUCCCACAUGCAGGCAGAUGUGCUGUACGAAAAGAGUAAAAACUCUCAGUCAGAAUGUUUUUCCCUCUGCCCCUCCUCGCCCUGCAUCACGGACCUGGAAACGGUCUGACACAUUUCUGUGGAACCACUGUAGGUGAUGUUUGCAAGUUUUGCACAGCGGCUGGUGGAGCGCUCAGCCACAGGAAGAGAACUGGAGCACCACUUUACCCACACUAAACCCACGGAGACGACCGGUCCGAACCCCGGGGGCUGGAGUCGGUGAGGAAACGGAUGAAGUUUUUAUCAGGUGACCUGAAAGCUCUGCUCAAGUGGAAAACAUAUCAAGCAGGGCAGUGAGGGAAGGUUGAAAAGGCGGAGCUUGAAUUGACGAAACUUUUGACCCUAUUGUCUUAAAAACGAUGGACUCCAUCACAGGAAGUGCAACUUCGUCCCGCUGUCCUAAAGUGUGCUUUAAAACUGCAGGAAGAUUGUAUUGUUUUAAUUUUAUUUUAUUAAUAUUCCUUUUGUUAUUUUUCAGUUUAAGAAUUAGACAUGAGACAUGGAUGUGCCAGACUACUUUACUGUUCCACACAGAGAACGUGUGAGGGAAACUAUGCUCUGAGCCUUCUGGUCCACUGUUCGCCUCUCACUGGACCUUUGAACACUGGAAUGUUUUUAUGAGUGUUUCAGAAAGACUUUUAUUAUCUAAACUGGUUUUUUUUUAUUAUUAUUAUUAUUAUUUGUAUUUCAAGUGGUUUACCUUAACAUGAAUGAAAAGCAUUACUCUGACUCCCCCAUUCACGAAAAAGCGACACUUUUAGAUUUAAAAAAAUCCCACUUCAGUUGAUGCUUUUAAGACCAAAACAAAAAAAAUUAGUUUUUUAUUGUUCGGACUGCUCUAUUUUUUUUAACCAUCUGAAUGUCCAAAUAUCAUGUAAAUUGGUUUUUAUACAAACAGACGUGGGCGUGGUCUGUGGCUGAUGUGGGCGGAGCUUGACACCUUGUUUCAACCCAAGUCGCUCUCCCAGCAUCUGCAUCUAAGUUGGAUUUUUUUGUGCAAUAUCCCAUUUAUGAUCCACUUCUUUUCCUAGAAGCUACUGGACCGGGCCUGAGCUCAUCGAUGAUUGUGCUGUCUGCUGGUUUCUGUGUCGUGCGUCACAAAUUCUCACCACUAGCCUUCAGGCACAGACGCUGAAUAUUGUCGACUGAACAGGCUUUCAUUGUUGUUUGGAUGUUUCUUUGCAUAGUUUUAUUAAAGUUAUUUUCCACAGCGCCGUA